UUUGCUGUUUAUCGACUUUCGUAAUCGCUGCCGUUAUCGAUAAAAUAUAAUGACAAUAAAUGUAUGAAUAUAAAUAUAGAGCAUACACGUCGCACAAUAAUGUUUUAUUCGACCGCAAUUAGUAGAACACGAGAUUACACGAUAACGGAUUUCGGGUAUUUUAAAAGUAAGUUGUUUAUAAUCAUAGUUCAUACACAACGAUUGUAGCUCACAGUGAGACGUUAGUUAUAGUGUUAUACAAACACGCCGUUAGAAAUAACAUCAAAAUGGACAUUCGAAAGUUUUUCAAAAAACCACGGCUAGAAAAUGAUGAGAUAGUAAGUACAUGAUAUUUAUAUCUGAUUCAUUCCCACGUCUAGCAUUCCAGUAUGAGCCCGAUAUUGAAUAUUAUGCUCAUUCAAAAGUGAUAAUUAGUGCUAUGGACAAGGAAUGUCCGCAUUGUCAUGCUCUGAAAUUCAAAAAUGAGCCAGCUGGGAUGUGUUGCGCAUCAGGAAAAGUGCAACUACCUGAAAUUGAAACAUCACCUGAACCAUUGAUCGGCUUAUUCAUCGGCACGGAUCCAGAUUCUAACGAGUUCCUGAAGUCAAUUCGAAGAUUCAAUUCAUGCUUUCAAAUGACAUCGUUCGGAGCAACAGAAAUAGUUCGAAAUACUAAUGCAAAUGGUCAACAAUUCAAUUCUACAUUCAAAAUCAGAGGCCAAGUUUAUCAUAAAAUGGGCUCACUGCUACCAAUGCCAAACGAACCACAUAAAUUCUUACAAAUAUACUUUAUGAGCGGCGAUGAUUCCGGAAGCGCACUUGCCAAUCGCGUGAAUGCACGUUGUUAUUAUAAUAACCUUGAUUCAUUUUAUGCCAGGCGCAUCGUCGGCGAGCUAGAUGCUCUUUUGAACGAGCACAACGAGUUGUUGAAAAUAUCCAAAUCACAUAUGCACCAAUUACAAAGCGAUAAUCACGCUAUCGUCAUUAAUCCUGAUAAAACACCAGCUGGAGAGCAUUUUCGUAGAUUGCACCCGUUGUUGAUGAUGUUGCUGGAAUCAUGGUUGGCGAUUAUACAGCUGCACGAGAAAUUGUGAUUCGUAGAAGAAAUAAUAACUUUCAGUUCAAUGCUGACACACAUCGUUCAUAUGACGCUCUCCAAUAUCCGCUAAUAUUCUGGAAGGGACAAGACGGAUAUUGCAUAAACAUAAAACAACGAGAUCCCGUAUCAGGAGUUGAAACAAACAAGAACGUUAGCUCAAAAGGAUUCUUAUGCGUACCGAUUAAUGAUUAGACGUGGCCUGGACAACGUCAUUUUACGAUGUCGUGAGCUUUUUCAACAAUUCAUGGUCGACAUGUACGCGAAGAUUGAGAGCGAACGACUACGAUACUUACGAUAUAAUCAACAAAAGCUGCGCGCGGAAGAGUACAUUCAUUUGCGAGACGCUAUCAACAACAACGCCGACGUCGCCGAAAUUGGUAACCAUGUCAUUUUACCAUCAUCGUACGUAGGCAGUCCACGUCAUUUGCAAGAAUAUAUACAGGAUGCUCUGACUUACAUGCGCGAAUAUGGACGACCAUGUUUAUUUUUCACGUUCACAUGUAAUCCAAAAUGGCCAGAGAUUACAUCUUUGCUACUGCCUGGCCAAAAUGCAAUACAUCGCCAUGACAUUACAGCACGUGUGUUCAGACAAAAGUUGAAGUCUUUAAUAAGUUUCAUUACUAAAUCACAUGUAUUUCCUUCAGUAAUAGUGUUGCAGAUUCCAUUGAAUAUUGUAUGAAUGAUUUGAAACUAUCAGAGUUUCAAGGAGCAGAAGCAACAAUUAAAUUUUGCCGUUUAAUAAACAAUAUAUUUGAUGUACUGAAUACUAGAAAUUUUUUAAGUAAAAACACUUACAACAAACCUAUUAAUGAAAAAAAUAAACAAUCAAUUAAACAAUUCAUGAAUGAAGGAAUAAUGUACAUCGAAAAAUUAGAAUGUCUAGAAAUAAGGUCAAAUAAUGAAGUAACGAUAAAAUUAAUAUUACAAUCAAAUAGAAGGACAGGAUUUGAAGGAUUAAUAUUAUACCUUAAAUCUUUAACACAUUUAACUUACGAUAUUAUUAAUGGAGGUAAAUUUAAGCUACAAGUUCAGCCAAGACCAUUUGGAGAUGUUAUUUUCUGCUAUAAGAGCUUAAGGAGGCUUCAAUAAUAAUCCGACUGUGACACAGUUUGAAGCUGCAUAUAAAGCACUUCUAGUCAACGCUGAAAUUAAAUCGAACACAAGUGCUAAUUGUCUUGCACGAGAUAAUACAUGUAUAUUAAAAAUAUCUAGUUUAAAAAAAAAGUCACCAACCGAAGGCCAAGAUGUGGUACUUGAUUUAUUAUGUGCAGCUGGGAGUUAACAUAUUUUAGAAGAUGAAGAUGAACUAUUAACAGUAUACCAAAAUUCCAAUUAUAUUAAAGAUGUAGAGGAUAUAUCGCUGGAUUUGUGGUGAGAUCCAUUUUAAAACGUAUUCAGUUUAAAGUUUGUGCUAAAGAAAUAAAAUCACAUGAAACAAAUUCACUAUAAAUGAAUAAAAAAAAUAGAGGUGGUUUUACAAUGGCCAAUGCUGAUGUAGUUAGUAUAUGGCAGGUUGCAGAACGUACAGUCAGAGAAUAUUCCAUAAAUUCUAACCACACAAGUAUUGACAAAUAUUUUUUUAAUUUAACAAAUCACUUUAUGGAUCAAGAACCACUCAAUUACCAUUUGAUACAGAUGAUUAGGUUAAUACAUAAAACAUUUAUAUAUUAACACAACUUCAAAUAAAAUAGAUAAAAGAGUAAGAAGGUUAUUUACAAAACUAAUCCACUUCAACACCAGUGAAAAAAUCUACCGCAAGGAAACACUUAGUUUUAAAAUAUUAUUGUAGUGAGAUUUAUUUUUAAACAAUUGUCACCAAUGUAAA